AGCGUUCUGACUCUGCCCUGUGACUUUCUGAUCCUCCUCUUCUUAUAUAAAUACAAGGGCAGUGGUGGGGUCCCAGGGAGUCAGGGAGCAGAGAGCCCAGGAGUCCUCAGGCCUGCUCUGCCUGCGUACCAGGGAGAUGAAGAUCUCUACAACUACCCUCUCCUUCCUCAUCCUUGCUGCUGCCCUUGGAUCCCACGCCCAGGUCAUUGAAGCCCAGGAGCUUCAGAAGCCCCUACCAGGCCAGCUCUCCUCCUGCAGCAGCUCCCUCCAUGAGAGGAUGAAGCUCUCCGUGGCUGCCAUCUCCUUCCUCCUCCUCCUCCUCCUCACCGUCACCCUAGGGGCCAAGACUGAAUCCUCCCUACGAGGACCUUACCACCCCGCGGAGUGCUGCUUCACCUACGUUACCCGUGCAAUCCCACGUAACCGGAUUACACGUUAUUAUGAGACCAGCAGCCAGUGCUCCAAGCCUGGAGUUGUCUUCAUCACCAAAAAGGACCAUUCCAUCUGUGCUGACCCCAGGGAUGACUGGGUCCAGGACUACAUCAAGGAGCUGGAGGAGAGCUGAGUGACCGGAAGUAGUGGAGAAGGUGCCUUCUAUGUUCCAAGCACUCUGCUAAGCAGUCUCUGUGUGUUAUCUUAUUUAAGCUUCACAAGCAUAAAGCUAAGAAGUAUCACCUGACUUUGCAGGUAAAUCUUCAUACAGGCUUCUCCAUAGCAGUCAAACUCCAUAGCCCUUUUUUCUGUGCUGCUCCCAAGG